GAGGAGUCCUGGAUGGAGAUCGGGAGUAAAUAUGUGGUCUUUUACAGUGAUGAUGAUGUGUGGCAUGAACGCUACGUACUCCUGCCGGGGGACGAAGAGGGAUUUUUCUGGAUAUGGACCCCCGAUGAUGAUGUCUACGAGGAGGACAUGAGGGGUAAGUCCGAUGAUGGGCCAGCUAAGGUUCGUUUUGUCCCUGUGGGAGUGAAGACUUUGCCGAAUUUGAGAAAAGCUGUGUACCGCUUCCGAGAUGACGUUACUGAUCAAACCCUGCUGACCAAAGUGAGGGAGGCCCACCGCGAACACAAGGCGGCCUAUGGUGUGGCUGGGCUAGAUCUGGAACAAUCAGUGAGGCUGCCAUCGGGGGAUGCCAAGACUUUGGGCGAAGUGCUGUCCCGAAAACGCCUGACGGGCAAAGGUCCGAUUCAACGGGCGGCGCCCAAGGGUCCUUUUGGACCGGCCGGCCCAAAACAGUGCUGGCGCUGCGCAGAGACGCGAGGAUCCUUCCAGUUAGGGGACCGCAUCUCCCCGGACGAGAGUGUCGACCUCAUCCUGGGCGCGAGUGACGCCGCCUUCCAUCGGGAGGGCCUUUGGCUUCGGGGCGAGCUAGUGGAUGAUGCAGUCUUUUCCGAAUGGCUGGCAGCUCGACGACGGGAGGUUGGGCUGACUGAGCCCGGAUCUCAUUCAGGAGGUAAUGCCGCCACGGGCGAGGGCGUUCCGGCGGAGACCGGAGGUGAUCCUGGAGGCCUUGCUGAGGAGCGGGAUCUUCGCAUCCUGCCGAUUCUUUUUGAUUCGGCCGAAGAACGAUGGAGGUCUUUGGCGGAGGCGGUGCCCGAGUACGAGGAAGUCGACUUUGAUGAUUUCCCACUCCAAGGGCCCAGGACAGUUUAUCGGGAUGUCAGACAGCUGCGGAGGAGCGGGAUGGAUUUCAUCCAACACCACGAGUCUUGGAUAAAGAAGAGUGGGGUUAGGGCUACGGAUCGUUCAGUCCACGAGCACUUAUCGAUUUGCCGUGUCCUUCACCUGAUGGCUAGCUACGACCAGCUGAACUUGCCAUCCCUUGCAUCCGCGGAAGGGUUAAACAGGCGGCGUGCUCUCAUCGAGAUGGCUCACCAGGGGAGACCGGAGGCCCCCUCGUACGAAGGGGCCGAUGAGAUUCUUGGGGUGCGGGAAGCCACCGACGGGACGAUCGUGGAUCCCGCCCUCACUCAGCAUGCUGCCCGUCGACAAGCAGCUAAAGCAGAAAUCCUCAAGCAAAACAGGCUGGCAGCAGAAGAAAAGCGUCACGCUGGUCGCAGGAAUGAGGAGCCGGACAAGAACAAGCAGCCCGACAAGGGAGGCAAGGCCGGCGGAAAAGGUGACAAGAAUCAGAGCACCCCCUGA